CAGGCCACACCCAGGCUUGAUCCAGGCACCCGGAUGAACUUCCACAGCGGUGCGAAGAGAGUACCCCGAUCCACGAACCCUGACCAUGGCAAUGACCCUGGGUUACUGGGACAUCCGCGGGCUGGCUCACGCCAUCCGCCUGCUCCUGGAGUACACAGACUCAAACUAUGAGGAGAAGAAGUACCCGAUGGGGGACGCUCCCAGCUAUGACAGAAGCCAGUGGCUGCAUGAAAAAUCCAAGCUGGGCCUGGACUUCCCCAAUCUGCCCUACUUAAUUGAUGGGGCUCACAAGCUCACCCAGAGCAACGCCAUCCUUCGCUACAUUGCUCGCAAGCACAACAUGUGUGGGGAGACAGAGGAAGAGAAGAUUCGCGUGGACGUACUGGAGAACCAGGUUAUGGAUGUCCGCUUGUGCAUGGCCAUGAUCUGCUACAGCUCUGACUUUGAGAAACUAAAGCCUGAUUACUUGAAGGAGAUCCCUAAAACGAUGAAGCUCUUCUCAGAUUUUCUGGGGAAGAGGCCCUGGUUUGCAGGGGACAAGCUCACCUAUGUGGAUUUCCUGGCUUACGACAUCCUUGACAUACACCGCAUAUUUGAGCCCAAGUGCCUGGAUGAAUUCCCAAACCUGAAAGACUUCAUUUCCCGUUUUGAGGGCUUGAAGAAGAUCUCUGCCUACAUGAAGUCCAGUCGCUUCCUCCCAGGCCCUCUGUUUCUAAAGACUGCUGUGUGGGGCAACAAGUACUGCCCUGUAACCAGGAGACGGGAGUGAGGAGCCAUUGCCCUAGAGACCAGGUGGACCUCCCUGUGCACAGAACCAUCUGUCUUUUUCUUUCUCCUUCUUUUCACUCUAGAUGCCGUCUUGGCCCCCUUUAUCUCCCUCCCAACCCCUUUUUCAUCCAUCCUUUAUUCAGUUCCCCACUUUUCUUCAGCAAAGUUCCUCCCCACCCCACAUUAUCCCUCCUGCACUAAAGCCAACCAGAUUAUCCUUCCCUUCCAUGGUUGCUUCUGCUCUGAGGAGCCCAACCAGACCCCUGGCCCAUAGGGCUCUGCUCUGAGCUCCCAGCACUGUCCUGAAGAUCAGAAUUGGCCUGGUGUACAGGCCCUGCUUCCCAGUGUGGUUCCUGCCCAGCCCUGUCUGAUCCCCAGUAAAGCCUUAAUGAUA